AAUUAAAUAUAUCUCCUGAAUUUUGCUGUACUAAUCAGACAUAUCCUUUUGGAACCAAAGCUGCAAUCUUUAGAGACAGUUUUCUUUUUUGGGGGGUACCAAAAGGAAAAGCUGACAUUCUGUUUCUGAUCCUAAAAAGGUAGAAAGUGAAGUGGUAAGAUGAUCCUGCUGGGGCAGAAUGUUGUGGAUAGGCUAAGGCCCAUAGUGAACUCAAACAAUUGGGAUUAUUGUGUGUGUUGGAAGAUGAGUGAGGAUCAAAGGUUUCUUGAGUGGAUGUGUUGCUGCUGUGCCGGUGCUGCUGAUGGGGUCCAUGCUUGUGAGGAAGAGCUUCUUUUCUCCGUUUCUUCGUCGGCUUCUUCCCCUUGCAGAGAUGUCGUUUUCCAGCACCCCCGGACCAAGCCCUGCGAUUUACUGUCACAAUUGCCCACCUCAAUUAUUCUUGAUUCUGGAAUGCAUGCACAGUCCUUUCUGUCAAACCAAGCGAAAUGGUUGAACUUCUCACAGCUCUUAGAAUCGAACAAUGUUUCUGGCGAAAUAAUCGGAACCCGUGUUUUGAUACCGCAACCACUUGGACUGAUUGAGCUAUUUACUGCAAAACUGGUGGCCGAAGACCAACAAGUCAUAGACUUUGUCACAGGUCAGUGCAGCAUGUACGUGGAGAAUCAAGCAGCCAUGAUGAUGAACCCGAGCAGUGGGAUUCCAGCUGAUAAUGCUAAUAAUGGAGAUAAUGAUCAAAUGGAUGAUUCUCGCCAUCUUUUCUCACCAUCCUCACAUCUAACUUCUCUCCCAAUGAGUUUUCUCCCACACAUGAGUAGUUCUAGCAAGUUAAUGCCGAACACGAAUGAAUUGAGCGAAUUCAGGAUAGAGAGUGGAUUGGAUCAUCAUGAGAUAGAUGUGGUGAUGGUGCAGAAGCAAAUGAUGAUGGAUAACAAAGAUGGAAACGACGAUGACUCGGUUAAGGGUUUGUGCGGCUCAUCAUACAAUAGACAAGAGAACGGUCAAUCACACUCGAUAUCGGAUAGCGAUCAGAAUGAUGACGAAGAUGAUGGAAAGUACCGGAGGAAUGGGAAAUCCAAAAAUCUUGUGGCUGAGAGGAAGAGAAGGAAGAAACUCAACGAAAGGCUCUAUGCUCUUCGUGCCUUGGUCCCAAACAUUUCCAAGUUGGAUAGAGCUUCCAUACUUGGAGAUGCUAUCGAGUAUGUGAUGGAGUUGCAGAAAGAGGCAACAGAUCUUCAGAAUGAGCUGGAAUUGAACUCUGACGACGAUGAUGAAGCAGAAACAGCAGGAGGAGGAGGGAGGAAACGUAACCAUCUAAGCAGAACAGAAGACAGGAUUCCCCGUGUCCCAAAAUCUGAGCCAGAAAAAUAUUUAGUUGCAGAAUCAGAAAAAACAGACGACAAAAUCCAACAGAUGGAGCCUCAGGUGGAAGUUGCACAGCUAGACGGGAGCGAGUUUCUGGUGAAGGUGUUCUGCGAACACAAGUCGGGUGGAUUUGUGAGGUUGAUGGAGGCACUGAACUCUCUAGGGCUGGAGGUCACAAAUGUGAAUACAACAAGACACACCUGUCUUGUCUCAAACAUCUUCAAAGUUGAGUUAGUCGAUGCCCGAAUCCCAAUCCUGUUUUUGCAGAGAAGGGAUUGCGAAACGGUUCAAGCUGAUGAUGUCCGGGAGUCGCUGCUGGAGCUGACGCGCAACCCAGCGGGGAGAGGGUGGCCGGCGGCGGAGAUGGGUAGAGAAGGCUUGGAGAGCUCUGAUCAGGGCGGAAUGGAUCACCACCAGCAGCAGCCCCGUCGCCUCAACCACCAUCUUCAACUUCACGCCCACCACCUCCACCGCCUGCAUAACUGAAUCAAUUGUGGCUUCAUACCGUUUUAACAACAACAAUAUCAAAAGAGAUUUUAAAUGAACCAAUUGUCCAAAUUUUUUUCUUAUACUCAAUAAAAUGUUAAGAGGUCUUUCUUUCAUCAUUAGGGGCUCAUGCUAUAAUAUCACAUUGACUCUAAUAAAUGCACUUAUGUUGU